UAUGCUGUUGGAAUCCUAGAGUCCAUACAUUGCAGGGCCCCUGUGUAGAUUAGGGGAGGAGACAGGCCCUAUUUACUAUAUAUACGAAGAAGGCCCAAUGCAAGAGUAAGUGUUACUCUGUGACCUUCCUGCUGACUGACAGGAUGAAUACCCUCCAGGUUCUGUUUCUCGUGGCGGCCGGCCUCUCUGUCGUCACCUCAAUGGACUACAAGGCCUUGAACCAGUUCAGGAGUAUGAUCCUGUGUGUGAUGGCCGAUAGCUCUCCAAUUUUCGACUAUGCUGACUACGGUUGCUACUGUGGAAAGGGAGGCUCCGGCACACCUGUGGAUGAUCUGGACAGGUGCUGUAAAGUGCAUGACAAGUGUUACAGCGAUGCUAUGCAACACUCUGAGUGCUGGCCCAUCCUUGACAAUCCCUUCAUCGAAUUAUACAGCUACAGCUGUGACAACAAGAAGGUCUCCUGCGGCAGCAACAACGACGAAUGUGAGAUGUUCAUCUGUGAGUGCGACAGGAAGGCCGCAGAGUGUUUUGGCAGAAGCCCCUGGCUCCCGGAGAACGAGCACCUGCCUAGCGACCGUUGUCAAACAACUGGAAAAUCAGGAAUUCAUGCUUCAUCAUGAAAUAUGAAAAUGUCAGUUUUCACAGGUCACAGAUCAACUUGCUGAGGAGACUUGGCUAAUUAGAAAAUGAUGAAUAUAACCUUUAUGGAUUCACGGAUGCAUGUAUCAUCAUUUCUGUAUAUACAUUUGACUUUGGUUACUUAUAGACAUCCAUCAUUACCU